AUGCGGGAGGAGGAGGACGAAUUGCCUUUCACGAAGGAGGAGUUGGACUCCUUGAAGGGUCUGCAUUCGGAUUUUUGGGACCAGGAGGACCACACACAGCACGCAUUGUUUCGGGACUGUUUGCCGGCGAACGUGGAGGAUGACCCGACGUUGGCGGCGCUGCAGCAGAUAAAUGAGGGUGUAUUGCAAUGUCCGGCGGACGUGUUGGCGCACUGGAAGGCGGUGGGUAACGCGCAUUUUGCUGAUGGACCGUCGUUACCUCAACGUUACCGGGAUGCAAUCGACGCCUACACUAAGGCCCUGGCGGCCGACGGCCAAGUGGUGGCGGUUCCACGGCAGGAUAAGCCAUUUAGCGAGUCACGGAGCCCAUUGAACAAGGAGAAGGCGCGCGUCCUCUGUAACCGCGCCGUGUGUCAUUACCGCCUUGGCAAAUACAACGAGGCGCUCGAAGACGCGCAGGAGGCCGUCAAAAAAGACCCCGAAUUCGUCAAGGGAUACUUCCACGCCGGCCGAGCCUGCGUCGCCCUUGGCGUCUACUCCCGUGGCUUAAGCGUAGUCGACCAGGGUAUCAAGUCUAUAACCCAGCUUGCUGACCAGAACACAGCAGUCAACGGGUCGACAGACGAUGUCGCGGGGUCAGGAGGCCAGUGGCAGGUCGACAUAAAGUGUUUGAAGACGUUGCGUAUGGACAUCGAGAAGUUGGUGGCGAAGCAUGAAUCGAAGCGUGCGGUGAUCAAGGCGAAGGAAGCCGCGGGCCGCGAGCACUUGGAGAGGGUGUUACGUGCGCGUGGUAUAAGCUGGGUGCCUGAAGCAGUGUAUGACGUGCCGUUAGCUCUGCCGUCACUUACCGAGAAUAACUUGGUGGCGUGGUCGAUCCUCUUUUUAGUUGAUGAGUUCGGCACCUGCGAGGCAAUCGACCAAGUCGAGGAGAGUGCACGGUUACAGGACGUCUAUGAUGUCUUGUUCGCGAAACCGUUCCCCUGGGAUGCAAACGCCGCUUACUCACCCCAGACCAUCGUCACGUAUCUCGCACUCGCACUCGAACCUCAGGAAGAGUUCGAGUUCGUACCGAAUGACACACCCAUCUGCCAACUUGUUUCGCGCUCCAAAAAGAUCAACAAGUUCCUCGUCUGCAAACUCACCACUGCACAACCUAACGCCACGUCCUCAGUCUGA